UCUCAAUACAUCUUAACUUACUCUCACCGGAACGAAAAAAAUAUGCUGCUUUGCAGCUAGAAAACACACGCAUAAACACGCUUGACACCAAACAAAUGAGGCGAAGGACAAGAACGACCUCCAUCCACUCCUAAAGCUAAAGCAGAAGCCGACCAUUAUAACCACCCAAAUUCGUCGCAAAAAAAGAAAACAGAAGAGAAUGGAGAGAAGAGAAGCAUAAACUCCGCUUGCACACGCACAGAGCACGGUUCCAGGAAAAAGUUUGUCAAGUUUGUGCCGUCUGUGAAGGAGGAGGAGAGAUCGAGCAGCAUGGCACGCCGGCCACAGCCGAGCAACCUGCUGCUGAUGAUGAUGCUCGUGCUCGUCGUCGUCGCGACGGUGGCUGUCGCCGACGACGAGAAGUGCGGCAACCCGUGCGGCAACCCCUGCGGCGUGCCGUGCGAGUACGUCAGCCCGCCGCCACCCGUGUACUCCCCUCCCCCGCCGGUGUACUACCCGCCUCCGACCCCGACGACCAACUGCCCGCCGCCGCCGCACGGAGGAGGCUACGAGCCGACGCCCGGGUACACCCCGACGCCGUACACGCCCACGCCCGGGUACAACCCGACGCCGUCCGGGUGGUUCACGCCGCCCAACCUGCCGGCGUACAACAGCCCGCCGGGGACGCUUUACCCGCAGGACCCCGGGUUCAAUCCGAACGACGCGGCUGGCCGCGGCGUGGCCUGGCGCGCGGUGCUCGUCGCGGUGGCCGGAGCCUUGGCCUUGUGAUGGCGGCCGGGAACUGCACCGAUCGAUGGAGCCAUGGUAAUCAAGUGCGUGGCGCUUUAAUUCCGUCCCGUGUUAAUAAUAAGAUUAGGGAAGGAAAUUUCGGUAAGAAUUGUUUUGGUAAUUCUUGUUCAUGGUGUCGUCGUCAGUAAAUUUAAUUGUUCUUGUCA